AUCAACACACGGAUUCUCUGUGUACUCUAAUAGCGUUCCUGUCUCUCCUCUCGGACAUGGAUGACUCCAGUGGCAGUCUCAUGAAAAAGGAAUUUUUAAGUGUAAGGGUACGAGAUCCCCGGUUUCACAAAGAGGAUUUCUGGCACACGCACAUCGACUAUGAGAUCUAUCUUCAUACAAAUAGCAUGUGUUUCCAGAAGAAGACCUCGUGUGUGAGAAGAAGAUACAGUGAGUUUGUGUGGCUGCGUCAGAGAUUGCAAGACAAUGCGCUUCUCGUCCAAGUGCCGAAACUUUCUCCUGCAAAACCUUUCUUCAGCCUCAACAACAGAUUGCAGGUGGUCCGGCGUAUGGAGGGACUGCAGAAGUUUCUGGAAGCAAAUUGGAUAAAAAGCAGUGGGGAAACAACAUUUCAGUUUCGAUUGCUGAAGAUGCCCCUGAUGUUGUCGGACAGUCAUCUGCACCUGUUCCUGCAGUCCCAGCUGAGUGUUUCUAAAAUGGAGGCGUGUGUCCAGGGCCAGACCAGUUACAGUGUGGCUGAGGCGAUCCAGCGUUGUGUAUAUAACACACACUUCUCGCUGAAGGAUGAGAGCCAACAACUUUGCAACUCUGAUGAUGGUGAAAGCACCUCCUCCUCAGGCUUGGGAAAUAGUGCUGGUCCAACUCCUCCUAUUGAAAUGUCCUCUCAAAAUGGGAAUCCUACUCAGCAGUUUCUUGCCAUGGUACUUGAACCUGAGGCCUUCAGAUGUUUAUCUUCAUCUCCUGAAAGUCAGCAAGACACACAUACAUAACAUGUACAGAGAUGUACUGUGAUCUUACUUACAUUCUCUUCAGGUUUCAUGUAGGCGUUUUGCAGAACUGUUAUUUUAAAAGAUUCGGACAAUGUAUACCAUCAUGUAGGUCAGGAGCUUCAUGUAAUGUUCCUCAGUAGGUGUACUUCACUUUGGGGUUGGUGUUCUCUCAAACCCUGUGUUCUCCAUGCAUGAAAAUCUGUAUUAGCCACAAGCUAAGUUUUUGUUUCUGAUGGUUUUGAAACAGUUUUAAUUCUCUACUUCCUGUAUAUCAGAGGACUCAAGGCUGCUCUCUGAGUAUUCAUCUUUGUGCUCAGGUUUAUUUUUAAACACAAAAUGAGUAAAAUGUGGUGAUAUUCAUUCCACAAUCUUUCAUUCUGUUCCUGUAUCGACUGUUGACUUGUGGCGCUUGAUGUCCUGGCGAAUGUUUACAUACUGUAUAGACAUACAUGUUAGCUGAUCUGUUCAGAGACUGGAUGGUGAAACUGUACAGAGAUCAAAGCCUUUUUUUGAAAUAGUGUAACUAUAUGUUCAGUUUGAUCUUUUGAAUAAUAGAAACUAUUAGGAAAGUGUUUCGAUUGUUCUUAAUGAUAACAGUAGAAACAUGGAGUUUCUUUUGCAAUAACCACCAUAUGACAAAUAUUAAAUGCUGAAUGUUUCAUUGUAAAAAUGACAGGUGAUGGAUAAGACUGAAUUUGCAUUGUAAAGCACUAACUACAUUAAUAAAGACUGGAAAAUAUAUCAUCAACAAACACACAAUCAGUACAGUGGAUACGAUCUUGAUAUCUAAGAGCUUCUUGUGAUGGGUCAAGUGUCUAAGAUGGAGAGAAGGUGCAUGCCAAGCAAAGCAUUGAGCUUUUCCCCCUUCACUAAACACACUUUUCACCAAACAGCCCCAUGUGUCUAAAAAAAAAAAAGUAUACAUUUAAUGCAUGUGACCCAAAGACACAUCAUCCUACUGGUGGAAGAAUUAUGGAUUGUUUACUGCUUUAUGU